AUGAGGCACCGAGGUAUGAAGCACCGAGGUAUGGGGCAUCAAGGUGUGGGGCACCGAAGUAUGGGGCACCGAGGUAUGAGGCACCGAGGUAUGGGGCAUCAAGGUAGGUAUGAGUCACCGAGGUAUGGGGCACCGAGGUAUGAGGCACCGAGGUAUGGGGCACCGAGGUAUGAGGCACCGAGGAUUGAGGCAUCGAGGUAUGAGGCACCGAGGUAUGGGGCACCGAGGUAUGAGGCACCGAGGUAUGGGGCACCAAGGUCUGGGGCACCGAGGUAUGAGACACCGAGGUAUGGGGCACCAAGGUGUGGGGCACCGAGGUAUGGGGCACCGAGGUAUGAGGCACCGAGGUAUGGGGCACCGAGGUAUGAGGCACCGAGGUAUGGGGCACCGAGGUAUGAGGCACCGAGGUUUGAGGCACCGAAGUAUGGGGCACCGAGGUAUGGGGCACCGAGGUAUGAGGCACCGAGGUAUGAGGCACCGAGGUAUGAGGCACCGAGGUAUGGGGCACCAAGGUAUGAGGCACCGAGGUAUGGGGCACCGAGGUUUGAGGCACCGAAGUAUGGGGCACCGAGGUAUGGGGCACCGAGGUAUGGGGCACCGAGGUAUGAGGCACCGAGGUAUGGGGCACCGAGGUUUGAGGCACCGAGGUAUGGGGCACCAAGGUGUGGGGCACCGAGGUAUGGGGCACCGAGGUAUGAGGCACCGAAGUAUGGGGCACCGAGGUAUGAGGCACCGAGGUAUGGGGCACCGAGGUAUGAGGCACCGAGGUAUGGGGCACCGAGGUUUGAGGCACCGAAGUAUGGGGCACCGAGGUAUGAGGCACCGAGGUAUGAGGCACCGAGGUAUGGGGCACCAAGGUGUGGGGCACCAAGGUGUGGGGCACCAAAGUGUGGGGCACCGAAGUGUGGGGAACCGAGGUGUGGGGCACCGAAGUGUGGGGCACCGAGGUGUGGGGCACCAAGGUGUGGGGCACCGAAGUGUGGGGCACUGAGGUGUGGGGCACCGAGGUAUGAGGCACCGAAGUGUGGGGCACCAAGGUGUGGGGCACCAAGGUGUGGGGCACCGAGGUAUGAGGCACCGAAGUGUGGGGCACCAAGGUGUGGGGCACCAAGGUGUGGGGCACCGAGGUAUGAGGCACCGAAGUGUGGGGCACCAAGGAACUUAGAGAAAACGACAGGAAUGACUAUGUCAAAAUUUGGAGAAAUUGAAUUGUUUUCAUGGAAGCUUGACUCUUUAUUAAGGAAGAGUACUACACCUACUAACGCGUCGCCCUCUAGGCGGCUUAGAUUGGCCUCAAAGGCUGACCCAACUUUGGCUAGUCCUGAUUGGCUGAUCAUCUCGUUCUCGUGUCUCACACAGGUCCUCCUUGACUUCGGACUCGUCUAG